GAAUAUGUCUUUAAGUCUAGAUAAGUUUUUAUGAGUUUAUCUAUACGACUACAUCGUCUACUUUCACAGCGGCUUCUACCACUGCGAUUUUCUAGCAAUUUUUUCCUCCGCAGCCAGGACUUUGAACGUCAUAGUAUGACGAAUCUUGCUUCUCCCACGAUGGAAUCCGAAAAGGUACGAUACCAGGUGAAGAACACUAUUGUUUGCGCGUUGCCCUUGCCCCAGCUGGCACGUUUCCCAUAUGCUGCUCCCCCUUACCCCCACCAUUCACCCUCAACCCCCUCUCAUCCUUACUGCCCUACCUAUCCUCAUAACUCCCACCAUUGAAAGCUGUUCACACUCUCCUUCCCCAUCCCUCUAUGGUUUCCAUUUCCCCCCACACACACAAGUCUUGCCGUGACACAUUUCUGCCGCACAAGCCAACAUGCAAAUACGUCUACAGUUUUUCGAUGAGGAGGAAGAGGUCUUCCUCAUCGACAAGGACAGUCCUUUGCAUAACCUUGUCCCUCUGAGGACCCUUCAAGAGAUUAGAGCUGCCGUCGAAACGAGUAUUCCCCCCCAGCUUCCCUAGCACCAGCCACGUUUGUAUAUUGCCCACCCAGCAGCUGCUGACUGCUUUCCAGUUGAUGUUUUCACAGUUCCUAUCCCUUCCAGGUCUGCCAAUGCGGUUCUAUCCUCUCUCAGAGCUAUAGUUCCAACCUCUCUUCAACACCUUCGCCGUUUGGUCAAACCGUGUUAUAUCCCAGACUCACUAGUAGAUUUCCUCGCUGUGCCUCCCACACCGCCGGAGGAAAACAUUUUAUAUCUCCUCGUGUGUCCCGUUACCGAUAUUUCCGAGGAGAAUCUGAGUAAUUUUCUUCGGGAACUUCCAGCAUUCUCAGCUACCGGCGCAAUUCCCCGAAUUAUGACUGUGGCUGUCCCUUCUUCUCAGCCUAUAUCAGCCGCCCAAGCAACCGAAUGGUCAGCCAAGUAUUGGCCCGCUGUUUAUAAGCGCGGAAAUCCCUAUGGGCCACAUCCCUCCAUUGUCUCUCAAACCCUCAGAGGGCUUAUAGAUCCGGAGAACCAUAUACUGCUUGCCAAGCGGAUAGCAACAGAAACUGCAUCCUCCGGAGAAGGUCUAGGUUUCGGUGCUGUUAUUGUCGACCCCCAGACGGGACAAAUUUUAGCAGCUGCUGGUGAUGCCAGACUCCGCUGCAAUGCGAAGGGAUGGGGGAACCCUCUCGAUCAUGCAGCCAUGAGAGCCAUCGAUAUGGUCGCCCAGAGGAGGUUAGGCAGAACCCAGAAUGUUAGGCCAGACAACAAAGUUGAAGUCUGGAAUGGGGUAUAUCUCGAGGAUGAGGGAGCACCCACCAAGAUCGUCGUGAAGCUUGAUGGAAAUUCCAUCAUUAAAAAUGAAGAUAAAGAUAGAAAUGCCAACGGAGAGGACGGAAAAGAGGUUGACGAUAGGAGGGACGACGGCUAUUUGUGUCAUAAUCUUCAGGUGUACCUCUCCCACGAGCCAUGCGUAAUGUGCAGUAUGGCGCUCCUUCACAGCCGUGUUGGGUCCGUGGUAUUCGGAAUGAGGAUGUCUAGGACUGGAGCACUCAAUGCAGAAGCUGGAGGGAGGCAAAUGGGUCUUUUCUGGAGACCCGAGCUCAAUUGGAAGUUUGUAUGUUGGCAGUGGAAGGCGGGUCCAGGAGAAGAAAUUGAAUCCCACGAAAAUGUAGAUGCAUAAAAUGUUGCCCAAACCCGGGGCAGUGCAUCGACUCCCGUGAUUAAGCUUUGCUUUGGACCCCUCCGCGGUUCUGUUAUAGAAACCUUGGCGUCGUUUAUGUUGAUGAUAGUCUAUCAUUGGUGUAAUUUGUUUUCCUCUUGCGGGCAGAGCUCUUCACGCUCCUGAUUUGGCGUGAUACAGUACAACCAACAGAGUCUAAUUAAGUACAAUCCAAUCAGCAUGUUAACUCCCGUACUCGAACGCCGUGAUGAGACGCAAGUUUAUGUGAUUGGAUCCAAAACCGGUCAAUAACAAUCAACCCAAAAAAGAAAGUUAAGGCAUGGGGGUGAUGCUAGUUUGCGAUGCGUAAUUUCCGUACCGUAAUCGAGCACUUCACCGCAGCCGGGAGAAGAAGAAAAAUCUCGCACAGGCGGUCAAGGGUGCUCGGACCAAUCUGAAGACUGUAGUGUGGUAUGAUUUCGAAUACCAGCGCUCCCUGGUGCAUGCAUUCGAGUGUCGUAUCCACAUCCGUUCGAGUUCGGAGUUCAGGAGUGAUGCGGGCCUUGUAACAGGAGGGUGAUUUUUUCCCCCGGAGUCGAGUGAGAAUGAAUGAAUGAAUGAAUGAAUGAAUGAAUGAAAUGAAAUGAAAUGGGACAGUUACCGCUGCAGUGCAUCAGGUUAUGAUACGGCACCGGCAGCGGGGUAAGCUCGUGAGGAUGCAAUGUAUGAUAAGUUGCCCCAACGCUCAAAGAAUUUGUGCGUGUUCCAGUCAUGGGGCUGUGUGUUGCCUGCUGCGGUGAAAGGCUCGACCGCUACGGUGCCCGCAAAGAGCGAUAACAUGCCCGAAAAUAACGGAUUUAGAAACGGUCCUUGCGAUACCCGGU